AUGAUCGCUACCGAAAGUGCAGCAGAGUCCUCAUCGGAGAACCCUCCGGCGGUGAAAUCAGGCUAUUAUCCUCCUACGGAUGAUUUCCCACCUUCAGCCAUAAACACUUCCUUCUUUACUCACGUCUACUAUGCCUUUCUAGUGCCUAGGAACGUUACAUUUAAAUUUGAGCUUUCAAAUGAAACGACUCUGCUCCUCUCGAACUUCACCACCGCCCUCCGCCACAAAACUCCGCAAGUGAAGACCCUUCUGUCCAUAGGUGGUGGUGGCGGAGACAAAGCACUGUCAGACAUCUUUGCUAGCAUGGUCUCAAACCCGUCCUCACGGUCAAACUUCAUUGACUCGGCUAUAGAAGUUGCACGUAAGUUUGGGUUUGAUGGGUUGGACCUGGACUGGGAAUACCCUGAAAGCCCAAAAGAAAUGAAGGCCUUGGGCCACUUGCUAAAACAAUGGCGCCGCGAGAUCAAGAAAGAGGCCCAGGCCACAAAUCGCCCUCCUCUAUUGCUCACCGCCGCCGUCUACUUCUCUGCCGAGUUCUUCUUGGAUCCCGUCAUCCGCACAUAUCCGAUUAAGUACAUGGAGAAGUACUUGGAUUGGGCCAAUGUAAUGUGCUUCGAUUAUCACGGGGCUUGGAGCAAUAUUACUGGGCCCAAUGCACCAUUAUUCGACCCAAAUAGUAAUGUGAACUCCGUUUACGGGCUUAGGUCUUGGAUUAACGGUGGCAUGAGCCCGAGUAAGCUUGUAAUGGGCUUGCCGCUCUACGGCCGAACAUGGGAGCUCAAAGACCCUAAAGAGAAUGGUAUUGGAUCCAUUGCUAUUGGCCCAGGCCCGGGGGGUGGGGCACUCGGCUUCAACGAGUUGGAGAUCCUAAACAAAGUGUCGAGCGCCACCGUGGUAUAUGACGCCGACACUGUAUCGGUAUAUUCUUUUAACGGGUCAAGUUGGAUUGCAUUUGAUGAUACAUGUACAACUACCUCGAAGAUAGGGUUCGCUCAAGCUCUUGGGCUUCGUGGGUACUUCUUUUGGGCUAUCGUUCAUGAUAGCAAUUGGAAGAUCUCGGCCCAAGCUUCAAAGUCAUGGAUCCUUUGA